CUCUUUCUUUAACAUGUGGCCGAGCAUGCGCAGUGGGCCUCUUUUGUUACAGCAAAGAUGGCGUUGAGCAAAACGUUCGGGCAGAAACCGGUGAAAUUCCAGCUAGAACAGGAUGGAGAUUUUUACAUGAUUGGAUCAGAGGUGGGCAACUAUCUGCGCAUGUUCCGUGGCUCCCUGUACAAAAGGUAUCCGUCGCUGUGGAGGAGACUCGCGUCCGUCGAAGAGAGGAAGAAGAUUGUAGCGUCAUCGCACGAUCAUGGUUACACAACUUUAGCCACCAGUGUGACACUGCUGAAGGCGUCUGAGGUGGAGGAGAUCUUCGAAGGGAACGAUGAGAAGUACAAGGCGGUAUCCAUCAGCACGGAGCCCCCGGCAUACCUCAGGGAGCAGAAGGCGAAGAGGAACAGCCAAUGGGUGCCCACCCUGCCUAACAGCUCCCACCACCUGGACGCCGUGCCCUGCUCCACCUCCAUCAACCGCAACCGCAUGGGCCGCGACAAGAAGAGGACCUUCCCCCUCUGCUUUGAUGACCAUGACCCGGCGGUGAUCCAUGAGAACGCGGGCCAGUCGGAGGUGCUGGUGCCUAUCCGCCUGGACAUGGAGAUCGACGGGCAGAAGCUCCGCGAUGCCUUCACCUGGAACAUGAACGAGAAGCUCAUGACCCCCGAGAUGUUUGCGGAGAUCCUGUGCGACGACCUGGACCUGAACCCCCUGACCUUCGUGCCGGCCAUCGCCUCGGCCAUCCGGCAGCAGAUCGAGUCCUACCCCACCGACAGCAUCCUGGAGGAGCAGACCGACCAGCGCGUCAUCAUCAAGCUGAACAUCCACGUGGGGAACAUCUCUCUGGUGGACCAGUUCGAGUGGGACAUGUCGGAGAAGGAGAACUCUCCGGAAACCUUCGCCCUGAAGCUGUGCUCGGAGCUGGGCCUUGGGGGCGAGUUCGUCACCACCAUCGCCUACAGCAUCCGCGGCCAGCUCAGCUGGCACCAGAGGACUUACGCCUUCAGCGAGAACCCCCUGCCCACGGUGGAAAUCGCCAUCCGCAACACGGGCGACGCUGACCAGUGGUGCCCCCUGCUGGAGACCCUGACUGACGCGGAGAUGGAGAAGAAGAUCAGAGACCAGGACCGGAACACCAGGCGAAUGAGGAGGCUGGCCAACACCGCCCCGGCCUGGUAAACGUGGACGAAGCGCAGAGGAAGCCACGUCAGCGGUCAAAGCUUUUAGGACUCACGCGGGGGCGGCCGUUUGGGUGAACGAGCCGCCCCCAAUAACACAACACCAGAGACAUUCCCUCCCCCCUACCCACUCAUCUGGGACACAGCAGAGCGCUCACACUGAUCCUGGGUCAGGGCCCAGCGCAGGCCUCCCUAGCGUUGCACCCAGAUCAGCGUUCUCCUGGCCGAACCUCUGCUUGCUUACGUCCUCACAUCAUCGCUCACAGACGCUCCCAGUGUGGCCACAUAGCCAGGAGACUCCCCCUGUAGAGAACCAUCGACUCGUAAUGUCUGUCAUCAAGCCGAUAGUGUGUUUAGUUUGUAUAGGUGCUGAGCGAACCAUGUCGUGAGCUCCACUACUUGGGCCUAGAUUUCCGUUACAGUUUUUCUUCAACUUCUGUGGCUCACAAUUAAAUGCAGCUAUUUCAAGCCAAGGCAAGAUAAAUCCACCAAGCCACAUUUCAGUCUUUUAUUAUUAUUAUUGUUAUUAUUAUCAUAUAGCUAUCUUCACAACAUGAUGCUCCAGGCUGCUGAUCAGUUAAAUUAUUUAAAACGCUGCGAGGGACUGUUAGUUCAGUCAUAUAGAUAACGUAAAUAGUUGCAUAUGUUUGUGAAAAAUAGCAGUACUGUAUUUUCAAUUUGUGAGUGAACUGUUGUGGACGAACAUUGACUGAAUCCAGGCCUUAGUAUUAUUAUUUUUUCCUCUUUUUCCAUAUUUUUUUGUAAUAAAGUCUGUACUUAAGAACUUC